AUCCGGGGCAGCACCCUUGCACAUCAUUUGCGACCUACAUAUCCUCUCUCACAUGAAAGUUCUAUGCGCAUCUUGACAAAUUUUGCACGUUUGUUUACGUCUCACCACCAUUCUCCUCACUAUCACUACUCAGCCAAAAGAUGUCGUCUCCAAAUAAUAAGUCACCCGCAAAUGGCGAUGCCGGUGCCGCCGAUGAGAAACCGCGACUCACUGAGGAGGAAAAGAAGCAGAACCAUAUCGCAUCUGAGCAGAAGCGACGCCAAGCGAUUCGUGAAGGCUUCGACCGCUUGACUGAACUGGUGCCUGGCUUAGAAGGACAGGGGAGAUCUGAGGGCCUGGUUCUGAAGCGGACAGUUGACUAUAUGCGUGAGCAGCUCUCAGAGAGACAGGCCAUGGUUGAUCGCAUUGAGCAGGCUGGUGGUGAUGUCGAUGAGAAACAUAAGAGGUGAGUCGGGUGACCACUUUGCGAUCAACGAACAAGGUACUGACUGUCCUUCUAGGGCGCUAUAUCAACAGGCGGCGAACCCAGGUCGUACUAGGGGAUGAUUACGCACUUGGAUGGUCUUCACAGCUACCGCACGUCAAGAGCCCGAACAGACUCAACGACGUUGGGCAUUGAGCCGAUGGAACUGAUUGACUGUCGCAUAUCAGCACCUGACCAGCCCAAAUCGCGAUAGCAACGAGCCGCGCCACAAUGGCAGCGCCGCGCUAUCAGCAUGACUAGGGAAGAAAGACUGAUAUAGAGACUGUUGUAUCAUACAAAUGUGUUUUUACAGUUAUUAUUACAUGACAUCGCAUAUCUAUGUCUAGGCAAAUGUGUCUACCAUGGUUUUGAACCGCUCACGUACCUCCUCUGGUAAUAGCAUCUCCUUGCCUAGCGAAACCCGCUUGUUCUCAACAUCUUUCUGUCCGAUCACGAGGAUCUCACCAUAGUUCUUCUCUCUUGCCUCCUUGAUUUUCGCACCCAAAGGCCGCGCACUAUCAUCUAUGUCAACCGACAGCCCAGUUGGUCGAAAUGCGUUCCCCUGACUAGGGAGUGUGCCGCUCUCAAGCUGCUCGUAAAGUUGGUCGUUGUUACCAACCAGCACACUGCGCACUUGCUCCGCCCAUUCGACAACAGGUUCGGCAGUGUUGAUGGUGAGAAUGACGACUUGGCGAGGGUUCAACCAGAAAGGCCACUUGCCAUUGUACUUCUCAAUCAGGAGAGCCAUGAGACGCUCAACCGAGCCCAGGACAGCGCGGUGAAUCAUAACAGGGCGCACGGGGCCAUACUCAUCGAGUAGAGAAGCAUCUGUGGUCGUCUCGCCUCUAGCUUCAUAUUCAGGAGCAGGGGCCUGAUACUCAAGUUCAAAUCGCUUGGGUAGUUGAAAGUCAAGUUGAAUGGUCGCCGUCUGAUGCUCCUUUCCAUCCGAGUCUGUGAGGACGAUAUCGAUCUUGGGUCCGUAGAAAGCACCAUCUCCCUCAUUCACACCCCAUUCCAUGCCUGAUGCGUCCAGAGCUCGCUUCAAGGCGUUCUCAGCCUGGUCCCACUCCUCUUCGGUACCAAUGUAGUGAUCCUUUGGCCGUGUGGAGAGUGCAAGUCGAUAGUUUGAGCCAAAUCGCAGAACAGUGUAGACUACCUUGACAAAGUCUAGAGUCUUCUUAAUCUCCUUCUCAACUUGAAUUGGUCGGCAAAAGAUGUGUCCGUCAUCCUGGUGAAAACGUCGAACACGAGUUAGUCCACUCAAAGCGCCAGAGAUCUCAUUUCGAUGUAGAGGACUAAAGUCGGCAUAUCGAAUUGGAAGAUCUCGGUAACUGCGGUUUUUGGAAGCGAAAAUGAGGCAGUGGCCGGGGCAAUUCAUAGGUUUUAGACCAUAAUCACCCUCUUCCUCCUCGUCUGGCUUCAAAUCCUUCUGCUCACUCCCACAGCAUCCGUCAUGUUGCGCAGGCGGCGGUUCUGUAUUCCCUCUUACAGCAUACAUGUCGUCAGCGUAGUUUUCCAAAUGACCUGACUUGGCCCAUAGUGACUUUUUGUAGAUGGUCGGCGUAAUGACCUCCUCAAAGCCAUAUCGCACGUAUUGUUUUCGGAGAAAGUCGACAAGUCGAUUGAAGAUUCGCGAGCCAUUCGGUAGGAAUAUGGGGGAGCCAGGACUGUAGAUCGAGCUGAUAAAGAGUUCUUGCUUGGUACCGAGUUUACGAUGGUCGGGAGGUUCUCGCUUUUCGGACUUUCCAGAAUAGAAUCGGCUGCGAGAGAUGCAUUGCGGGCACGUCCAUGGUCUUCUUAGAGAUGUAUUGAAAGCCGCUCGGGCGGUCCUCAAGCGGAUCAUGGCCACUUCAGCAUGCAAUGGCGCGUGGUAAAUCGAAAUUCAAUGCUUUUGCGGAAAUAGGACGACCCAAAAUUCAC